GGCGCGGCGGAUUUGUAAUCCAUGGCGGGUCCGUGCUCGAUGGCUUGCCACCCUGCUUCAUGUGCAGGCAACCGCCAGGACAGGUGGAGCGACUCCUCGCUUCUGGAGAAGCGGCUGUCAGAGUGCUCGAUCCGCCACCAGCUGCUUCAGCAGUGGGCGAGCAUGUCGAGCGCGGUCGCGUCGGAGACGGAGGCGGAGCCGGAACGGUGCGAGAAGGCGGCCGCGGCGGCCGGGGACUACCCGCUCGUGUUCCUGUGCGCGCGCUGUCGCCGGCCGCUGGGCGACUCGCUCACCUGGGUGACCAGCCAGGAGGACAAGAGCUGCAUCCUUCUAAGCUGUGUGUCCUCUAAUGUGUCUGUGGAUAAAGAGCAGAAACUGUCCAAGUGCAAAGGUGAAGACGGUUGCAUUCUUGAGACUCUGUACUGCACAGGCUGCUCCUUGAACCUCGGCUACGUGUACAAAUGCACUCCCAAGAGCCUAGACUACAAGAGGGACUUGUUCUGCCUCAGCGUGAAAGCCAUCGAAAGUUACACUUUAGGGUCCUCUGAGAAGCAGAUCGUGCCGCAAGACAAGGAGCUUUUCAGUCUGGAGAGCAGAGUUGAAAUAGAGAAGUCUAUAAAGCAGAUGGAAGAUGUCCUGAGAGCCUUGGAGACGAAGCUAUGGGAGGUUGAAUCAAAACUGACUGCUGCUGGCCGCUGACCGUAGCUGAGCUGUGUUCCGUACCCCACCCUGCCCCAUUCUUGUUCCUAAUAUAUGGUCAGGCUCUAAGUAUUUUAGAGGAAAGAGGUAAUUGUUACCUGAUUUGAAUUUUAAAGCCAGUUUAUGAUAUAUGCUGGAAUGAGGUUUUUUUUUGUGUGUGAGAUUUUAUUUUAUUUUCAUUAAAAAACAGAGUGAUUUUUCUGUCUUCUUUUUCUUUUAAAUUCAUUGUAUGUGUACAUUUUUCUCUCUUUUAAAACUUUGUGACUUUUAAUACUUUGUAUAUUUAUGUCUGAGUCGUAAAAAAUCACUCAUCUCUGGGGUAAGAUUUUAGUGGAAUGUGUUAGAUUUGGAUUUUCUAUAAUGUAAAACUUUUAUGAGGAACAUGUAUUUUUAUA